GGCGCUAGGUAGGUCAGCCUUUUCUGAGGUCCUCGGAGUGGGGAAUUUGUGCCGUGGUGGAUUGUGGGUCUUUCUCUUUCCUCCUCGGGAUCUGUGUACGACAGAAUGGGUAAGUGUCGUGGGCUUCGUACUGCCAGGAAGUUGCGCAGUCACCGACGUGAUCAGAAGUGGCAUGACAAACAGUACAAGAAGGCCCACCUGGGUACUGCUUUGAAAGCCAACCCGUUUGGGGGAGCUUCCCAUGCCAAAGGAAUUGUCCUGGAAAAAGUGGGUGUAGAGGCUAAACAGCCAAAUUCUGCCAUCAGGAAGUGUGUCCGAGUCCAGCUGAUCAAGAAUGGCAAGAAAAUAACAGCCUUUGUUCCUAAUGAUGGUUGUUUGAACUUCAUUGAGGAGAAUGAUGAAGUUCUGGUUGCUGGCUUUGGUCGGAAGGGUCAUGCUGUCGGUGAUAUUCCAGGAGUUCGUUUCAAGGUUGUCAAAGUAGCAAAUGUUUCUCUGUUAGCCUUGUACAAAGGCAAAAAGGAGAGACCCAGAUCAUAAAGUUGUUUGUUAAGAUUCUCAAUAAAGUUUUCUCCUAAGAAA